AGAGAGCGAGCGAGAGGGGGCGGAGUCAGUGAGCGGGGCAGGAAGCUGCCUGCAGGCUGGGAGUGGUCAGACGUAUAAAAGACGACUCAUCUUCCUUCUUUCUGCAUUUGACUUCUCUCUCCCCCUCGUCCUCAUACUUCAGACUAUACCUGCACAGGAUCAGGAUGUCGUGGCAGUCAUACGUUCAAAACCUAAUGGCACCCGACCACACCGGGAAUUCCCCAGUCAAGGACGCGGCCAUCUGCGGGUGUGAGCCCGGAAAGGAGAGUGUGUGGGCCUCCUCGUCGGGCCUGGCCAAUAUUACGCAAGAGGAAAUUAGAAGGCUGGCUGGUAAAAGGACUGAUUUCAGUUGCAACGGCCCUCACAUCGCGGGGAAGAAGUGCAUGAUGCUCCGAGAUCGGAUGGACGACGAGACAAACUACUCCCUGGACAUGAAGACAUCAUCAGAUUCUGAGGGCAACACCUUCUCAGUAUGUGUCGGCAAGAGCCUCAAUGCUUUAAUCAUAGCUGUGGGCACAAAAGAAGCCCAGGGAGGCCAGGUGGCCAACAAGGUGUUCCCAGUUGUUAAGUACCUGAGGGAGAACAACAUGUAAGACAAGAUGGCCGCCACCCCCUUCUCUACAAACCAAACAGGACUGCUGCCACCCCCGCCUCCCUCCGCAUAUGAGCUAAAGAAAAUGGCCGCUGUUCAGAGCUUUUUCAGUUUUAUGUUAAUUACUUUGCCCUCCCAGACAUAUUUCUGUGAUUACUGAUGAAUAUAAAGUGUUUAAAGUUCCUUCCAUGAACGAGUGAGCGAUGAACCCGACCACUCUGCGUGGCUGGUGUUGAAAACAGAGAGCCAGUGUUACAUUUUUUACAGUGGACGUGGACCUGUGUCCAAUCACAGCUCUGUGAGACAAAACAUACUCUGAAAAUAAAAAGACCAACAUGUUUAUUCUUAAAACCA